AUGAGAAAACAGGAGUAUCGAAAGCUACUCGUCCCGCACAUCGUCGACCAAUUGGCCUUUUUCAACAAGUACAAGGACUCUCCCAACACGUUGGUUGAGGGCGCAAACGCUCUUUUGCUCGACCUCGACCACGGCACUUAUCCCUUUGUGACUUCCUCGUCCACCGGCCUUGGUGGUGCCGUGCAGGCGCUUUCGCUCAACCCUACCAGCAUCAAGAACAUCAUCGGUGUCGUCAAGGCCUACACCACUCGUGUCGGCUCCGGUCCUUUUCCUAGCGAACAGCUCAACGAGUCCGGUGACAAGCUCCAGAGCGUCGGUAGGGAAUUCGGUGUCACCACUGGCCGCAAGCGCCGUUGCGGCUGGUUUGACCUUGUCCUCCUCCGCUACUCCCAGUCGAUCAACCACUAUACCGCCCUGAACCUCACCAAGCUCGACGUCCUCGACGACUUUGACGAGAUCAAGGUCGGUGUCGCCUACACUCUGCCAGACGGCACUCGUCUCGAGAACACCAUCCCCGCCGAUGCCGAGGUUCUCAACAGAGUCGAGGUCGAAUACGUCACGCUGCCCGGGUGGAAGAGCAAGACCAUGGGCGUCAAGAAGUACGAGGACCUGCCCGUCAACGCCCGCCAAUACAUCGAGUACAUCGAGCAACAACUCGGCGGCGUCCCCGUGAAGUGGAUCGGAACCGGUCCUGCUCGCGACGACAUGAUUUUCCGCGAAUAG